GUCUGCGAGCGAACUUCACCAUCUCGGGAUCGGGAUACUCCAUAGGUUGCUCCCUAUAAAAUUCUGCCGCUUUGCUCACCAUAUCUCGGAAACCUAUGCUCAAGCUGAUCUGAGAGUGCAGUCUACAGAUGUCGUUCCGGCAUCUCGGGCGUUCAGUCGUAGCGUCAGCGGCUUGGCUGAAAGAACAUCCAACGGUUCGCAUACGAGAUACUCAGAAUGUGCAAACGAAGAUCAAUGGUCUGAUUCGCGAAGGUCCGUCGAGAGUCCAGCUGAUCACCGAUUUCGAUCGCACACUUUCUCGCACGCACUACCAUGGGAAACCUGUAUCAACGUCUUAUUGUAUAUUCGAGGACGAUCAUCACGUGAAGGAAGAGUACAGAGAUCUCGCCGUCCAGCUACGGAACAAAUAUUAUCCUAUCGAAAUCAACCCGAAUCUCUCCAAUGAACAGAAACUGCCCCACAUGAUUCAAUGGUACAAAGAGAGCUUCGAUAUCGUCCUGAAGCUGAAAGUUCAUAUCGAUGACCUGCCGGCGAUGGUCCAGCGCGCAGAUCUCCACUUGCGAGAACACACCGUGUCACUAUUCAGUCUAUUGGCUAAGAAGGGUAUUCCAAUCCUGGUAUUCAGUGCUGGUUUGGGGGACGUAGUUCGCAUAUCCCUCGAUCAGCAGGGCGCUCUCUGCGAUAACGUCACUAUACUAUCGAACUUCCUCGAAUACGAUCAGCAGGGCUGGCCCGUGAAAUUCAGUGACACUCUCCUGCACAUGUACAACAAAAGCGCCCUCUUCCCACAUGCUGGUGAAUACUACAGGAGCGAAAAAGUCUCCAACCGGAAGAACGCUGUCCUACUCGGAGAUUCGAUAGGUGAUUGCUCCAUGGCAGACGGGGCUCCGCAAGUCAAACCGCCCCCCGAUGGAGAUAGUGUUGUCCUGAAGAUCGGCUUCCUCGAUCACGACGUCGAGAAGAGACUGGAAACAUUUCUCUUCCUCUACGACCUCGUUCUUGUCGAUGACCAAACCAUGGACGUGGUUUCGGAACUCUUCGAAGAUGUUUGUCAAUCUUGACCAAUAUAGGUCUUUAGGCUUCACAUACCAUAAUCUCAAUAUGAUUUCCAUGCGCUGCUGACAUUAUCGUAGGAUGGAGUCGUUUGUAAAUUAAGCUGUGGACUUGAGUACUUCGCGGCACAAUUGUACAGGGUUCAGAAUGAGCAAUGCCGUCGCUCGUCUCCUCAUCGAGUUUCGAUGAGACGCUCCAAAUAGUCAUAUGUAUUGUGUGUCUGCUUGUCUGUUCCUAUCCGAUGAAUGAACAGAAUUCCCCCUAGGGAUAUCACAUGUAACCUCUAGUAACAUUUGCGGAAGCUCAUUAACCCGAUCUGACAGUAUUUCUAGUCAUAAUGAUUGGUGAAUGAGUUUGCAAGAAACGUGUCUCAGCGAAGCUGGGACAACGCUCGGACCCCGUGCUCGAAUGGGUUCAG